UUCAGUUCGUAUCGACGACGCCGACGCCCGGCACCGCGCGCGUCUGCAUUCGGCGUCGGCUUUUUGCCAGGAUACGAAAAACAUCGUGAACAUUAAAAAGAAAAUUGAAUAAUGAUCGGAAUGUAACUGAAUCGUUAGACCUUCAGUAAGUUUUUCGGUACUUUCAAGAAUUUUAUUGAGUCCUACAAUGCUCCAUUUUGUUAGUUCAUAGAUAUAAAACAUGGCUCUAGUGGUGCAACUAGCGGAGGGAAAAAUUUCUGGAGGCGUUAAAACAGACCUUAAUGGAGAAAAGUUUCAUUCGUUUUUAUGUAUUCCAUACGGAAAAGCACCCGUAGGCGAAUUAAGAUUUAAGGCACCUCUGUCAGUUGAACCAUGGGAAGGAAUAAAAGAAGUUAUAACAGAAGAUAAAAUUGCAUUCCAGAAAAACAGUCUUCUGAAUACAUACUUUGGACAGGAAGAUUGUUUGUCUCUUCAUGUAUUCACAAGGAAACUUCCCAGUGAAGAAACCAAAUUGAAACCUGUGAUGGUCUUCAUUCACGGAGGAGGUUUUCUAGCGGGAUUUCACGAAACUAAGACAUACGGCCCAGAAUAUCUUAUGACUGAAGACAUAGUUCUCGUCACUAUCACUUACCGGCUCGGUCUAUUAGGUUUUCUUAGUCUUAAAGACGAAUCACUGGACGUUCCUGGAAAUGCAGGUCUAAAAGACCAAGUACUGGCUUUAAAGUGGAUUCAAAGGAAUAUCAAAAACUUUAAUGGAGAUACCAAUAAUAUUACCGUAUUUGGAGAAAGUGCAGGAGCAGCGUCUGUUGAAUACUUACUAUUAUCUCCUACAGCAAAAGGUUUGUUUCAUAAAGCCAUAAUUCAGAGUGGGUCCACAUUGAAUCCGUGGGCUCUUAGAAACUUCCCACUUUUUGAGUUUGCCAAGUUUCAUGGAAAAUCAAAUAUGACUGAAGAGGAACUUUUGAAAAGGUUGAGAGAUAUACCUGUUGAAGAGGUUUACGACCUACAACAUAAUUUUGUUAAAUCAAAGAAACUAUUUUCAGACCUCGGUUUGAUAUCUCCCGUGAUAGAAAAACCCAACCCAACAGCAUUUUUAACAGAAAAACCUAUCCACAUAAUCCAGUCAGGAAAAUACAACGAUGUGCCUGUGAUAAUUGGUUACAACGACAGUGAAGGUCUUUUUGCGGACAUCAUAGCUACACUUAAAAUGGUUGAUGCAAAAGUGAUAGCAGAUACACCACUCGAGCAGAUGCUACCGUACGAUACCAAUUUUACAGAUACGCAGCAAGUCGAGCGAUUAGUUAAUAAGUUAAGAAAUUUUUAUUGUCCAGAAACUGACCCUAUUGGACGAAUUAAUCUUAUAACGGAUGCCUUCUUUGCUGCUGGAAUAAAAAUUUCGGCAAAGAGUCAAGCAAAGGUGUCAAAAAAUCCUGUAUAUUUUUAUAGAUUUACUUUAAGUGGAGGCCUUAACUUGAUGAAGAAAAUGAUUAAUGGUCGAUGUCCAGGAGCAUGUCAUGCAGAUGAACUGGGAUACCUAUUUAAAAAUGCAUUGGCGACUGAUCUGAAGGACGAAGAUAAAACUUCGAUAACAAAAUUGGUGACGCUCUGGACCAACUUUGCCAAAUUCUCUAACCCAACUCCAUCAGGAAAUAAUCUGAAUAUUGAGUGGAAACCAGUACAGAGUGGUCAGUUGAAUUUUUUAGAUAUUGGAAAACAGUUAAAGAUGGAUGUCAAUCCAGAACCGGACAGGAUGAGCCUUUGGAACGAUAUUUAUCAGUGUAAUAAAAACAUGGCUCCUGUGGUGCAACUAGUCGAGGGAAAAAUUUCUGGAGGCACUAAAACAGAUCUUAAUGGAGAAAAGUUUCAUUCGUUUUUAUGUAUUCCAUACGGAAAAGCGCCCAUAGGCGAAUUAAGGUUUAAGGCACCUUUGCCAGUUGAACCAUGGCAAGGAAUAAAAGAAGUUAUCACAGAAGAUAAAAUUGCAUUCCAGAAGAAUAGUCUUCUGGAUACAUACUUUGGACAGGAAGAUUGUUUGUCGCUUCAUGUGUUUACAAGGAAACUUCCCAGUGAAGAAACCAAGUUGAAGCCUGUGAUGGUCUUUAUUCAUGGAGGAGGUUUUCUACAGGGAUCUCAUGAAACUAAAGCAUAUGGUCCAGAACAUAUUAUGACUGAAGACAUAGUUCUCGUCAAUAUCGCUUACCGACUCGGAUUAUUAGGAUUUCUUAGUUUAAAAGACGAAUCACUGGACGUUCCUGGAAAUGCAGGUCUAAAAGACCAAGUACUGGCUUUAAAGUGGGUCCAGAGAAAUAUUAGAAAUUUCAAUGGAGAUCCCAAUAACGUUACCAUAUUCGGAGAAAGUGCAGGAGCAGCUUCUGUUGAAUUUUUACUCUUAUCUCAUUCGGCGAAAGGAUUGUUUCAUAAAGCUAUAAUGCAGAGUGGGUCCACAUUGAAUCCUUGGUCUCUAAGAAACUUCCCAGUAACAGAGUUUGCCAAGUUUCAUGGAAAAUCAAAUAUGAGUGAAAAGGAACUUUUGAAAAGUUUGAGGAAUAUAUCUGUUAAAGAGGUUUACGACCAACAAAAUAAUUUUAUUAAGUCAAAGCAGUUAUUUGCAGACCUCUGUUUAGUAGCUCCAGUGAUAGAAAAACCCAACCCAACAGAAUUUAUUACAGAAAAACCUAUCGACAUAAUCCAGUCAGGGAAUUACCAUGAUGUGCCAGUGAUAACUGGUUACAAUGACGGUGAAGGUCUUUUUGCGGAUAUCAUGGUGAUACUUAAAAUAGCUGAUGGAAAAGUCAUAGCAGAUACACCCAUCGAGCACCUGCUACCGUAUGAGACCAAUUUUUCAGACACACAGCAAGUCAAGAGAUUAGUUGACAAGUUAGGAAAUUUUUAUCGUCCAAAAGAUGAUCCAAUUGGACGAAUUAAUCUCUUAACAGAUGCUUUCUUUGCUGCCGGAAUAAAAAUCUCUGCAAAAAAUCAAGCAAAGGUGUCGAAAAAUCCUGUGUAUUUUUAUAGAUUUACUUUAGAUGGAGGCCUUAACUUGAUGAAGAAAAUGGUUCACGAUCGACGUCCAGGUGCAUCUCAUGCAGAUGAACUGGGAUAUCUAUUUAAAAGUCCAUUAGCGACAGAUCUGAAGGACGAAGAUAAAACUUCGAUAAGAAAAUUGGUGACGCUGUGGACCAACUUUGCCAAAUUCUCAAACCCAACUCCAUCAGGAAAUAAUCUGAAUGUUGAGUGGAAGCCAAUACAGAAUGGUCAGUUUAAUUUCUUAGAUAUUGGAAGACAACUAAAAAUGGAUGUUAAUCCAGAACCGGAGAGGAUGAGCAUUUGGGACGAUAUUUAUCAGUGUAUUAAAAACAUGGCUCCUGUGGUGCAACUAGUCGAGGGAAAAAUUUCUGGAGGGACUAGGACAGACCUCAAUGGAGAAAAGUUUCAUUCGUUUUUAUGUAUUCCAUACGGAAAAGCACCCGUAGGCGAACUAAGAUUUAAGGCACCUUUGCCAGUUGAACCAUGGGAAGGAAUAAAAGAAGUUAUCACAGAAGAUAAAAUUGCAUUCCAGAAGAAUUUUCUUCUGAAUACAUACUUUGGAAAGGAAGAUUGUUUGUCUCUUCAUGUAUUUACACGGAAACUUCCCAGUGAAGAAACCAAAUUGAAACCUGUGAUGGUCUUUAUUCAUGGGGGAGGUUUUGUAGCAGGAUCUCACGAAACUAAAAUACUCGGUCCAGAAUAUCUUAUGACUCAAGAUAUAGUUCUGGUCACUAUCGCUUAUCGAGUUGGUCUAUUAGGUUUUCUUAGUUUAAAAGACGAAUCACUGGACGUUCCUGGAAAUGCAGGUCUAAAAGAUCAAGUACUAGCUUUAAAGUGGGUCCAAAGAAAUAUUAGAAAGUUCAAUGGAGAUCCCAAUAACGUUACCAUAUUCGGAGAAAGUGCAGGAGCAACUUCUGUUGAAUAUUUACUCUUAUCUCCUUCAGCGAAAGGCUUGUUUCAUAAAGCCAUAAUGCAGAGUGGGUCAACAUUAAAUCCGUGGUGUCUAACAAACUUCCCAGUAACUGAGUUUGCCAAGUUUCAUGGAAAAUCCACUAUGUCUGAAAAGGAACUUUUGAAAAGUUUGAGAGAUAUACCUGUCAAAGAGGUUUACGACCAACAAAAUAGUUUUCUUAAGUCAAAGAAGUUAUUUGCAGAUUUCUGUUUAAUAUCUCCAGUGAUAGAAAAACCCAACCCAACAGAAUUUAUAAUAGAAAAACCUAUCGACAUAAUCCAAUCAGGAAAAUACAACGAUGUGCCUGUGAUAAUUGGUUACAACGACGGUGAAGGUCUUUUUGCAGAUAUCAUGGUGGCACUUCAACUGGUUGAUGCAAAAGUGAUAGCAGAUACACCCAUCGAGCAGAUGCUACCAUACGAGACGAAUUUUACAGAUACACAGAAAGUCAAUCGAUUAGUUGAAAAGUUAAGAAAUUUUUAUCGUCCAAAAACUGAUCCUAUUGGACGAAUUAAUCUCUUAACAGAUGCCUACUUUGCUGCUGGAAUAAAAAUUUCUGCAAAAGUUCAAGCAAAGGUGUCAAAAAAUCCUGUAUAUUUUUAUAGAUUUACUUUAGAUGGAGGCCUUAACCUGAUGAAGAAAAUGGUUCACGAUAAACGUCCAGGAGCAUGUCAUGCAGAUGAACUGGGAUAUCUAUUUAAAAAUGCAUUCGCAACAGAUCUGAAGGACGAAGAUAAAACUUCGAUAAAACAAUUGGUGACGAUGUGGACUAACUUCGCCAAAUUCUCUAACCCAACUCCACCAGGAAAUAAUCUGAAUAUUGAGUGGGAGCCGAUACAGAAUGAUCAGUUUAAUUUCUUAGAUAUUGGAAAACAAUUAAAGAUGGAUGUUAAUCCAGAACCGGACAGGAUGAGCAUUUGGGACGAUAUUUAUCAUUAUAUUAAAAGAUAAAUUUAUCUUAAAAAAUGUUCAGAAAAGUAAUUUAUAUUGAUAAAUGAUAUAAUAUAUUGAAAAUUUAUACCCCUAAACUCGACAAAAUAAACGUUUGAAAUUUU